UUGAUCCCCGAGUGUAAAAUAAGGUGACAGGUAAUAAGUUGAGAGGUCGUUCAUUGGUGCAAGAGCACCCAAAAAUAAAGUGGUCAUGGCUCUAGGUUUUGAGAUGCUAACUAAAAAUAUAUCUGUUGUGAAACAAUUUGUUUUUAAAGAGUGGCAACUAAUUCGUGGAUGUAGCUUAGCUUGACUAGCUAGUUAACACUGUGCUAGCUGUUGGAAGCGGAUGGACUUGGAACUAUAACUCAUCUUAGCAUCGUUGAGAACGAAAGGAAGAAAAAAACAAAAGAUAUGGCUGUGUCAGUGCGGGGUCUGUACUUUGUGGUGACCCUGUUUUUGGGAAGUUUCUUCGGAAGCAUCUUCAUGCUUGGUCCUGUUUUGCCUCUCAUGCUGCUGUCUCCUGCUUGGUACCGCUGGAUCACUGAUCGUAUUGUGGCUACCUGGCUCACUUUGCCUGUGUCAUUGUUGGAGCUGGUAUUUGGGGUGAAGGUGGUGAUAACAGGCGACGGCUUUAUUCCGGGGGAGCGCAGUGUGAUCAUCAUGAACCACCGUACCCGCCUGGACUGGAUGUUCCUUUGGUGCUGUCUGCUCAGGUGCAGCUAUCUUCGUCUGGAGAAGAUCUGCCUCAAGGCCGCCCUCAAAGCUGUGCCUGGUUUUGGUUGGGCAAUGCAGGUAGCUUGUUUUGUCUUUAUUCACCGUCGUUGGGAUGUGGACAAGAAGCACAUGGAGAACAUGCUGGACUACUUCUGUGACAUCAGAGAGCCUUUGCAGCUGCUGCUGUUCCCAGAAGGCACAGACCUCACUGAAAAUACAAAAGCAAAGAGUGACGUGUUUGCUGUGCAGAACAACUUGCCAAAAUUCGAGUACGUGCUGCAUCCCCGAACAACUGGAUUCACCUUCAUUGUGGACAUGCUACGAAAAGGAGAGAACCUGGAUGCCAUCCAUGACAUAACAGUUGCAUAUCCCAAAAACAUCCCCCAGACAGAACGCCACAUCAUCUUAGGGCAUUUUCCCCGUGAGAUUCAUUUCCAUGUGCACCGCUUUCCAGUGUCUUCACUCCCCACGUCUUCCUCUGACUUGGAGUCUUGGUGUCGAGAGCGCUGGGCCGAGAAGGAGGUCCGUCUCCGGGACUUUUACUCAGGCCAGCCCCGAGCGUUUGACAGGGAGGGCACGGCGCAGGUGCCACCUUGUAAGUCAGAGCUGCGUGUGGCCCUGAUCAAAGCUGCUUCACUGCUGUACUGGACCAGCUUCAUCACCAUGUGCUUCACUGGCCUGUGGCUGUGGGUGCCCUUCAGGCUCUACUUCCUGGUCAUGAUCAGUGUGUAUGUGGGCCAACAGAAGCUGAUUGGAGGGUUGGAGCUGCUGGAGUUGGCCUGCCAUCGGUAUUGGAAGUCAGAAUCUGGCACUGUGGGUGGGAAGAAUAAGGUGCUGGAUGGAAAGAUUGAGUGAGGAUAGAAGAAGAUGUGGUUGAUUGGACAGCAGUGUGUUUCUGUCUGUCCUCAGCAAGGCACUUAGGACUCAGUCUCUUGGACAAGUUGAGUCCACAGGGUGAGUUGUCCAUAUCAAAUACUCAGUACCCUCUGCUGGAGAUGGGGAGCGAUCAAUGCACCUGCUGACGGCAGAAGUGACAUUUUUGUUGCAAGAAAAAAUGGAAAAUAAUAUUAAGUACUUUUUUAUGUCUAUUAGGUUGAAAGAUUUGUCUAUGCUUUGCGUCUUCUUGUGCAUAUUCACUGUACUUUAGCUUGGCGUGAGUUCAUUUUUAUCAUUUUAUGUUGUUUAUAAUAGUCUUAAAACAACACUAUCUGUCCUCUUUACGCUGAUGCCAUCUGAAACUGGUUUUGUUGUGUGCUGUGUUGCCUUUCCUCACAGAGCCAUAGUACAGAUCAGCUGUACAUGUAAAGACGUGACAACCAGUUUUUUGAAGUCGGCACUGCAGCUCGUUAAAUUAGAAGGACCUAUAAAAAAGAAGUGCUGUGAUUACCAGAGAGAUAAACACUUCUGCUCACCUUCACUGGGUAUGAUUGCUGUUUUAUACUAAGUGGGAAGUUAUUUUUUUUUAUAUUAGUUCAUUAUGUAUCGUUUUAUGUGUUUGCUCCAGUAGCCAUGAAGCUCAUAACUAUAUGCGCACAAACAUUUUAAUCAUAACUGAGAUAAAAGCUCUGACUGAGGAGUGCUGCAUCUGGAUUAUUGAG